AUGUCGGGGAACUACGACCAUCCUCCCGCCUCUCGCCGUGCCCGUGGAAAUCGUCCUAGUGAUCGUCCACCCAGGUUUACUGCAACCCACCUCCAACAACACUUACGGGACUUGUUGACCUCCGACCGUAACCGAGAUACUUCGGCUCACACUUUAGAGACGCUAAAUCGGGAGAUUGAACAGUACCGCCGCUCCCAGGACCGGUCCAGCUUCGAGCAAGACAGAGCAGCCGUAGAUCAGCAGAUUCAACAGCAUCGAUCACGUCGAGAGGAUCGUCCUCAUGGUAGCUACCCCGGCUAUAUACAUCCCGGGAUGCAAAGGUUACAGGCUCUGAACGUCACCGUGGUGGACCAAGAUGCAAACACCCCUGAUUCUUCACGACCACCUAGUGGGCCCUCGAGACGCCGGACUAUGAGGAACGGUGGUCGAUCUGGCCGAGAGGUAGGGAACCGAGACUCCAAUGUCAGUUCCCUUCUGGAUGAAGCUGUUCCUCCGCUUGAUACGUCCGCAGCCAUACCAGAGCCGUUAGAUAGUAAUUACCAAAUGGAGCGGUGGAGGGUCAAACGUAGAAAGCUCGAGUCAGACGACAACAGGGAAGGCCUGCAAAGCUUUCGCUAUGGGCAUUACGGUCAGGUUGUCCCUGGAGCUCUCAAGAUGGAGUUGGCCAGCUGUGACGGGGGCACCUAUGAGUCGGAGCGUGACAGUUCAUGGCCGGAAAACAUCCUCCACAAUGAUUCGUCUAUUUAUUGUACCAAGUCGGGGCAGUGUAAUUUGAUCUUGAAGCAUCAGGGAGAAGCCCCCUUCUGCCUCAAACGGAUUGUGAUCAAGGUCCCGAAGAUGGGUUAUGACACCCCGGUCCAAGAGGGAAUGGUUUUCGUCUCUAUGUCUUCAGAUGAACUCUUGGCUCGUACAGCUCAAUAUCAAAUUCAGCCCAGGUCAGGACGGCAGCGUCGAAAUCGGAGGAGCGGCCUGCAGCCCUCCCAGGAAUAUCUGAAUGCAUAUCGGACUCCACUACAAACCCUUGAGCGGACUGGUCCUGCGGGCGCAGAGUCGCAUUCGGAGUCGGAUACGGACAUAAACGAGCUUGCGGGAUCGAGUGCAGACCAUCGAUCUCUCCCAAGGUCAGAGUUUCGAAUCACUACUGAGUACGACGAGCGUUCCGAACAUAGUGACAACGAUGAGGAGGACUUUUCAGACUCUGUUUACUCCUCCUUUGCGAACUGGCUACAAAUGUACCAAAUGGAGGAUGAUCUUCUCUGUUCUGAGAGUGAUGAUAGUGAAAGUGACGGUGAUACCCCCGAAUUGACCACAUACAACCGCAGGCGCCGCGAUUUCCAAAGACAAGUAAGGGUCAUGCGUCGACGAUAUGGCAUGGACCAGGAGGACCAGUCAGGACGCCGACCGAUCCCUAGUGUGAUCCAGCCGACACCCUCAUCCACCACUGCUGGGCAACGCACUGCGUCAGACUCCCAUAAUCCGGGCUCUGGCUUGUUGAAGCCCCAUGCUCGGUUCUCUAUUGAGCGUACCAAGAGCAUGGUCAGCGUCAAAUUCGAUCCACCUCCCUCCGGACGAUACAUCCUUAUCAAGUUAUGGAGUAAAAGCAACAUUGACAUCCAAAGCAUCGUUGCCCACGGUUUCGCGGGUCCGAGAUUCUUCCCCUCUGGCAAUUUUAGGUAG